AUGAAAACUUUCUUGCUUGCCAUCACUGCUGUGCAGAUCCUCUACUGCUCAGGAGUGCCAAGCACCAAGGAAGCUCUGAGAGCUUCAGUAAUAAAGCUGAAUGAAAUCACCGAGAUCACCAACCUCUGUGGUAUCACCAGGAGAGGCGUAGCAAAUACAUAUCGUACGGGUAAACUGUCCUACAGCAUGGUUUUAACGUUUUCCGUGAAAGAAACUGUCUGCUCCAAGAAUUCUGGACAGGAAUUUGAUGAUCCCAGCUGCUCCUUCCGCCAUAAAAACAUUGCGGAGAAAGGGUUUUGCAAAAGCCAUGUAGAAUUUUUUGCUGAUAAGGUAGCUGACGUUGAAGUGGAGUGUGACGGUCUGACGACAGCUGACAGCGAGAGUGACUCAACAGAAACAAAUGAAAACAGUAUUGAGGCGCAACCCAAAUCAAAAGAAACAUCACUUGAAGGAACCUCAGAUGCAAAAAGCAAAUCAGAAGAAACUUCACUGGAAUUGUUUUCAAAUAUAAGUCUAAUUUGGGAGUUGAUAUCUUCAGUUUCUCAAUAA